UUUCUUUCCUAAGUUAUUUCCUCAUUUUUUUUUCUUGUUUUUGAAUGCUAUUUUUCCCAAAUGAUUCAUUGUCAUUUUUUUUGUUGAUUUUCCAUAAAAGCCUGCUGAUUUUUUUUUUUUCAUGUUAAAUCAGCAAUGGCAAGUUCAACUCCAAGGGCAACCCCAAGGUCAGGAAGACAAAGAGAUGGAGCAUGGAAAUAUGGGAUUGCAGGAAGCAAAAAGGGGGAGGUCACUUGCACCGAAUGUACAAAAUGGAUGACUGGUGGAAUCAAUAGAUUAAAAUACCACCUUGCACAAAUACCUGGAUAUGGUGUGGAGGCAUGCCCCAAAUCAACUCCUGAAAUUAUUAGAGAGAUGAAGGCCAUUCUUGCUGAGAAUGAUAUGCAUAAGGAAGAAAGGCAAAAAACAAGAGAAGCCAUGGCAGCUACAAUGAAUCCCACAUUGUCCACUUCGGGUCCCAUUGGUCACAGUCGGGGUCGUCAGUCACUUUCAUCUUUUGGUGACAAUGAGGGUGAGGCUAGUGGCACUCCUGUUAGAUCAGACCCUAAUUUUUUUGUACCACGCAAUGUUCCAGGUGCACAACCUUCACUUGAAGGUACAGGAUGGAAUAGAGAGAAACAUGAACAAGCAUGGAUAGCAGCUUCAAACUUUUGGUUUUACAAUAAUCUAUCUUUCAAUGCAGCAAACAAUGUGUAUUGGGAAAGUUUUGUUACUGCAUGUACAGUUGCGGGUAAGGGGUUUAAGGCCCCAACAGGUUAUGACUUCAGUGGGCCAUUGCUAGAGAAAGUUGUGCAAAAUACACAAGGUGUGGUUGAUGAUCAGAAAAGGUAUUGGAAGAGAAAAGGAUGCAGCAUUUUAUCUGAUGGAUGGACAGAUGGACAGAAUAGGACUCUUCUCAACUUCUUGGUGGCUUCAAAUGGUGCAAUGGUAUUCAUAAAGUCUGUUGAUGUCUCAAAUGAAGUAAAAAAUGCAGAGACUUUGUGUAAUCUGUUGGAUGGUGUGGUUCGGGAAGUUGGAGUUGAGAAUGUUGUCCAAAUUAUCACGGACAGCGCAGCUGCAUAUGUAUCUGCAGGUAGAAUGCUUAUGGAGAGGCAUCCUUCGAUUACAUGGAGUCCUUGUGCUGCACAUUGCUUGGACUUAGUGCUAGAGGACAUUGGGAAGAUUGGAUGGGUGAAGAAGGUGGUUGAAGAUGCAAAAAGUGUCACCAAAUUCAUCCACAACCAUACUUGGGUGCUUGCUUUGAUGAGAAAACACACAAAUGGCAAGGACCUUAUGCGACAUGGAGUGACACGAUUUGCUAGCCACUUCAUCACUUUGCAGAGCAUUCUUAGUGCCAUUCCUCAUCUUAAGCAGAUGUUUGUGUCAGAUGCUUGGUUGGGGUCUGCAUACUCCAAAAGACCUGAAGCAAAGAAGAUUGUGAGCAUUGUUUUUGAUGAAGGGUUCAAUAAAAGUGGAGAGGAUUUGACUGCGGUAAGUAACAAACACAAAAGUAAAGUUUAUACAAUCUUGUCUAUUUGCUGAUUUUAUUUUUUAGGGGUUGAUUUUGUACUAAUUUAAAAUUUGUUUUCAUUUUUUUAGGUGACAGAACCUUUGGUAAGGGUUCUUCGUAUGGUGGAUGGAGAGGGCAUGCCAAUGGGUUUCAUUUAUGAGGCCAUGAAUAGGGCCAAAGAGGCCAUUUCACAUUACUAUCGUGGAAAUACAAGAAAAUGUGAAAUCCUUUGGCGCAUCAUUGAUCGUAGGUGGACAAACCAACUCCACCAACCGAUACAUGCCUUCGCCUACUUUUUGAACCCGAAAUUCUACUUCUCUGAUUCAUUUAGGGUUGAUGAGGAGGUCAUGGCAGGUGUUAUUACAUGCAUUGAUAAGAUGACACCUGAUCCUGAGUUGAGAGACAAGGUUCUUGAUGAGUUGGAGAUCUACAAAAGUGCAGAGGGGAGACUCUUCUCAUCACAACUAGCAAUUGAUAGGAGAGGAAAACAACAACUAGAUUUAUGGUGAGAGAAUUAUGGUGCCGGCACGCCUAAUCUUCAAAAGAUAGCUAUCCGUGUUUUGUCUCAGCCAUGCAGUGCUUUUGGGUGUGAACGUAAUUGGAGUGUCUUUGAGAGCAUUCACACAAAGAAGAGAAAUAGAUUGUCACAAAAGCGGCUCAAUGAUCUAGUUUUUGUUCGGUACAACCUUUGCCUUCGAGUUAGACAGGUGGAGGGUGUUUCACAUGAGGCCAUUGACUUGGAUGAAAUUGAUCCAUAUGGUGAUUGGACCAUGAAUGAACAAAAUGAUGGUGACGAUGUCCUCCUUACCGAAGAAGAAAUUGCAGAAAUAGAGAGAGGAGCAACACAAGAUGCAGAAGGAGCAAGAUUGGAUGAAAUGGAGGAUGAAGAUGAGGACGAAGAUGAGGAUGAUGAUGAGGACUUUGACUUUGAAGAAGAAUCAUCUCACCAUUUAGAUACCACAACACCCACUGCUACUACUUCUAGCUCAAGGCUUGAAAAAUUGAGCUAUAUUAGGAAAAAUACAAAGAGGAAGAUGUAGUCUUCUCUUUGGUUUGUUCAUUCACAUUGUUGUUUUUCACAUUUGGAGUUGGACUUGGACAUAUCAUUAUAUGUAAUUUUGUGAACAUUUAUAUACUUAUGCUGCCAUUAUACA